AUGUCUGCUUCUAUCUUUGGAGAUUUUACUACAAUCUGCGAGACAGUUGCUCUCACUGUAUGCCCGCUUGUAGGACGUGAAGAAGGAAUUGAACCAGAAUGUUAUUCAAGAAACGUUGAAAUCGCUGGAACGCUAAUUUUCCAACCUGCAACCAUUAUUAUCCAUGUCAUCGCGCUCGUUAUGACUUCCAUCAUGAUUUAUCAUAUAAAAUCAAAAUACACAGCUGUUGGUCGGAAAGAAAUUGUCAUGUUUUUUUAUUUGUACAUGAUGGUCACUUUCCUAGAAUUAUUACUUGUUUCCGGAAUUGUUCCUGCCGCAUCUAACGUUUAUCCUUACUUUGUUGCUGCUCAUAUUGGUCUUAUUACAUCCACUUUCUGGUGUUUACUAUUAAAUGGAUUCGUCGGUUUUCAAUUUGCCGAAGAUGGUACACCACUUUCGCUUUGGUCAAUUCGAAUUUCUUCACUUGUAAUUUUUUUAGCCGUUUUUGGUCUAAGUUUUGCUACAUUCCGUAAUGUUGCUGGAUUCAGUCCUUUACAUCCUCUACCUUUAUGGAUUGUAUUAUACAUUUUUAAUGGUGCUGCACUUGCAAUCUAUUUCAUUCUUCAAAUAGUUCUUGUUCUUAAUACUCUUGAUGAUCGCUGGCCACUUGGUGACAUUUUGUUUGGUAUUUCUUUCUAUGUCAUUGGCCAAGUUAUCCUUUAUCUAUUCUCCGUUAAGAUAUGUGAUACUGCCAAGCACUAUAUAGAUGGUCUAUUCUUUGGAACAAUUUGUACACUUUUAGGUGUGAUGAUGGUUUACAAAUAUUGGGAUUCUAUCACCAAAGAAGAUCUUGAAUUUUCCGUUGGUAGCAAACAAAAUGUGUGGGAAGUGAAAGAAUUACUUGAAGAAGAUCAACCCUACGCGAAUUAUGGUAGCAACUAUCCUCCUCCUCCAUUACCGCAAGGUGGAUUUAAUGGUUAUUCUCAACAACCACAGGGUGGUUACAAUAAUGCUUAUCCUCCUCAGCAACCAUAUGGUGGAUAUUAA